AUGCCGCUGGGAGAUUCAAUAAGGCUGGAGCCUGGAGCGUGGCUGGCGCAGCCUCAGCGAGGAGGGGGAGCCGUGCCAGGGGAGGGGGCGCACCCAGGGGUGCCCCCCAGCCAGACCCACCCACCCUUGCGCUUCCCGGGCCGAGGAGGGACAGUCCUGGGGGGCACUGGAGAUGUGGGGGGACCCUGCUGGCUGCACUUUUUGUCCCCACACACCACCCCCCGUGAGCUGCCCGUGUCCCCACGUGCCCUGCGCAGUGUGACUGGGGGUGCCCAGGAGGAGCCCCCACAACCCCUGGCGCUGUCCCGCACCAGCCUGGCCUGGGGAUCCGCAGCCCCCGGGGGCACAGUGGUGCUGCCAGUGUCUGUCCCCCUCUGGAGACCCUGCACUGAGACCUGCCUGGCCACGGAGGAGGGGGCAUGGGGGGCUCAUGGGACCCCCAUUAUUCCUGAUGGGGAUCAUUCCCAAGCAGGAAACGGCAUGCAGGGAGGGGGCAGACAGGAGGAUGAGGUUGAGGGGUGCACGCAGACUGAUGAGGAGGGGAUUGUAGUAGGAGGAAGAGGAGGGUGCACGCAGAGCGAUGAGGAAGGGCACAGGCACAGCUCGUGCAGUCUCUGCUCUCUCCCCCAGACGGUGUGUGCUGGCGGUCACGUCGCCAAGACCUUGGGGUACCUGGAGAUGGGCACCUCGGGCCUCCUCAAGGAUGUCCCCUACGGCACCCUGAAGCCCCCGGUGCUGAGCCCCGGGCGGCUGAUCCCGGCAGAGCCGCCCCGGGGCGCGGGGACAGCGCUGGGCACCGGCCGGAGCCCCUGGGACUGGCAGAAAAACCAGACGGCCGGGGACCCCCCCGGGGAGCUGCUGAACCCCCGCGCCCACCGCAAGCCCACCCUCAAAUCGAGCCGCGCCAAGAAGAUUUUUGGUUGGGGCGACUUCUACUUCAACAUCAAGACGCUCAAGUUCAGCCUCCUGGUGACGGGGAAAAUCGUCGACCACAUCAACGGCACCUUCAGCGUUUAUUUCCGACACAACUCCUCCAGCUUGGGCAACGUCUCGGUCAGCAUCGUGCCCCCCUCCAAGGCGGUGGGUUUCGAGGUGCUGGUGCCCGGCCCCCCAGCACUGCCGCGACCACCGCCCCCUCCCCAGCAGAGCACCCUGCCCGAGGGGCGCCCGGCCAAGGCGCUCAAUUGCCACGUGGAGUACGAGAAGACGAACCGGGCACGGAAGAACAAGCCGUGCCUGUACGACCCGUCCAAGGUGUGCUUCACGGAGCACACGCAGAGCCACGCCGCCUGGCUCUGCGCCAAGCCCUUCAAGGUCAUCUGCAUCUUCAUCUCCUUCCUCAGCAUCGACUACAAGCUGGUGCAGAAGGUCUGUCCCGACUACAACUUCCAGCACGACAAUCCCUACUUCGGCUGACGGCGCCGCAGCGGGGGUGGGGGCGGCGCUGCGCCGUUGUCGCUCGGGGCUCCCUGUCACCCCAACACCGGCCCCCCUGCUCGUCACUGGAGUGUCUCUGUGCUGGGUUGUGGGACAGCCGGUGCUGGGGGUCCUGGACCCCGCCCAACGCCAUCCCAUCACAGGGGUUCAGUUGGCUCUGGGGGUUGAAGGUUUCCCCCCCCAAAAUGACAUCCCAUGCCUGCAGCAUCCCUGCGCCGCAGUGGGGUGCGGCCAGUUCUGGGGGUCCCACCCAUCCCAUCACUGAGGACCCCAUACUGGGGUAGAGCCGGUGCUGGGGGUCCCAGUUCCCCCCCCAGUGACAUCCCAUCAUUGCAUCAUUGGGGUAGAGCUGGUGCUGGGGGUCCUGGACCCCCUCACACUGACAACCAUCACUGGGGUACGCCUGUUCCUGGGGGUCCCAGCCCCCUCCCCCACUGACACCCCAUCAUUGCAGCACUGCCUGAGCUGGGAAUCGUGGACCCCCACCCCACUGACACCCCCCCGCC